AUAUUUCCUAAUUCCUAUAUUAUCGCUGCUCACUCCUAAUCUGGUUCUCCCUUGAUUUUCUCACCUCAAUCCCCUUUUAUUGUUUCGUGUUUGAGACAUCUUAUCUGCUUCAAUCCUCCUCUCCGUUUCGCAUUGCGUAUUCGAUUCACAAAUUUUCGGUUCUUUUUUAUUUUUUUUUUCGUAUUCUGAUUUGUUGAUUUUUCUUAUCACACUCUGAUUGUUUCGUACCCGAGAUCUAGAUUUCAUGCUUCUUCUUCUCCUCACGAAUGAAUUUCUGCAAGUCCCUUUUAUACGUAAACCUUAUCAAAAUUAGAUAGCGAAACCUUGUUUGUUUGUUCACAAGCUUCUAGCUUCAAAAAAUAGAUCCAAUAUCACCUUUUUGUGGUCUUCAAGUAAUCGUAUUUUGCGUAUUUUAACUUCUGGGUUCUUUCAAAUCGUUCCAAUUUAAUCGCAAUCUGAAUUUUUUUGUUUAUUUUUGGGCAAUUACUGUUGCGGGUUCUCUCCAACAUGGUCACAGUCAAUCUGGGAAUUCUCCAUUACGUAUUGGACCAUGUUUAUGGUGCAUUCAUGCACAGAACAAAGAUAAGCCCACCUUUCUUCUCUGGAGGAUGGGGUGGGAAAAGGCUUGACAUGCUGGAGAGAAUGAUAAAGCAGCUGUUCCCUGAAGUUGAGGGCCAAAAUUGGCCUCCAAGUUUGAUCCAACCCAUUUGGAGGACAGUUUGGGAGACCAAAACUGCUUGCUUGAGAGAAGGUACUUUUAGAACUCCUUGUAAUGAGCAACUUAUUGGUGCAUUGCCUCCAGAGAGCCACCAUGGAAGAGUUGCAUUUCUCUCACCUAAAUGCGUGCCGCCACAGAAGAUGGCCUGCGUGGUUCAUCUUGCAGGCACUGGGGAUCAUACAUUUGAACGGAGAUUGCGCCUUGGUGGACCACUAUUGAAGGAAAACAUUGCAACCAUGGUGCUAGAGAGCCCUUUUUAUGGACAAAGACGUCCUGUGUUGCAGCGUGGUGCAAAACUCUUGUGUGUUAGCGACUUACUUUUAUUAGGAAGAGCAACCAUAGAAGAAACUCGUGGUCUUUUACAUUGGCUGGAAUCAGAGGCAGGUUUUGGCAAGAUGGGUGUUUGUGGACUAAGCAUGGGAGGAGUUCAUGCUGCAAUGGUUGGUUCUCUGCACCCCACACCUAUUGCAACCCUUCCUUUUUUAUCUCCACACUCCGCAGUUGUGGCAUUCUGUGAGGGGAUAUUAAAGCAUGCCACUGCAUGGGAAGCACUGAGGGAGGAACUUGCAGCAAAGGAGGCUGCAUUGACUCUCGAGGAGGUGAGAGAACGGCUGCGAAAUGUUCUCUCUCUCACAGAUGUGACACGAUUUCCAAUUCCCAAAAAUCCUAAUGCUGUUAUAUUUGUUGCUGCUACUGAUGAUGGAUACAUUCCAAAACACUCUGUGCUGGAACUGCAGAAGGCCUGGCCAGGUUCAGAAGUGAGAUGGGUUACGGGGGGGCAUGUUUCAUCCUUUCUUCUCCACAACGAGGCGCAUUCGGCCUGGUGCCAGACCUUGCAGCAAUCAGUGUGCUUUCCAAGAAGCGAGAAGGUAAGGAUUGCCGAAGAGCUGCUUGAUUUGAGGAGUGUUUUCAUGUCACGAGGGUUGCAAAGUUCAGCAGGAAGGUGCAAUAGAGACGAGACUGCGCCAUAGGAGUAGCAGGGGAAGUAAAAUCUUGAAAAUGGAGUUCAUCCUUUGUUCUUUGUUUGGUUGAUGAGAAAUUUGCAGAUUAAAUUUAAGUGGAGUCUCUGAUUUGUAUAGAUUUCUGUCCAUGAAAAAGAUGAUUGAGCUUUGAGUCUA